UUUAUUCCAGAAAAUUUGUUACAUUUUGAUGGGUUUCGAGCGGGAAAAUGAGUCUGUAAUUUGCAUGUAAAUAGUUUCAAGUUACCAGGCUUUCAAGGUAAACCAGUUUGGGCUGUCAAAUCUAGUAUUGGGGUCGCCGUUUAGCUUUUUCAUCAUUAUGUUGUGGGCUUCUUUUAAAAUGCUGGAUUGCUCUAUUCGGCCCGGACGGGAGGCAAGUUUUGGACUAAUGCAUUAUUGGUUCCAGUCUCCAGAGUCCCAGAGGAUUCUAGCUCCUCCUUAUUUAAGAGAUUUUUCUUUGCUUUCUCUCCUAGCAAGCAAAACUGUUCUAAUUUGCCUAUUCCUCUGCUUAGCCGAAACCUCUCUAAAACCCUGAAAGCGUACUCAUCUAGAAAAAAGAAAGGUGUGGUUUUCAACCAAAACAAUGCCUUCAUAUGAAGCUCUUCUCUCUGCAGUUGCCUCUCUCGCAGCCUCUGCCAUUCUCUUACGAACCAUUGCCAAUGAAUUCAUCCCGGAUUCCAUGAAAGAUCAGUUCUUUUUGCGCCUUCAAAAGAUUUCAUUGUGUUUAUCCUCUCAGCUCACGGUUGUCAUUGAAGAGUCUGAUGGGCUCACCGCUAACCAAAUCUUCCAGGCUGCUAAUGUUUACUUGGGUGAAAAGUUGUCAUCAUCAACGCGAAGGGUCAAAGUUAACAAGCACGAAAAAGAGAAAAGACUGCAAGUGAUUACUGAUAAGAAUCAAGAAUUGGUUGAUGUAUUCAGAGGUGUGAAGUUGAAGUGGGUAUUGUUGUCUUCUUCACGGAAUCGUAAAUUUGUUUCUAACAAGAAAAAUAACACCAAUGGGAUGUUAAGGGAGGAAAUAUGGUACUUUGAGCUGAGUUUUCAUAAGAAGAGCAGAGAGAUGGUGUUGAGUUCAUACUUACCUUACAUUCUUCAAAAAGCAAAAGAGAUAAAAGAAGAGAAAAAGACACUUAAGCUUCAUACGGUUGAUUAUAAUGGUACUGAUUAUUGGGGUUCGAUCAACCUUGAUCAUCCAGCGAGUUUUGAUACCAUGGCAAUGGAUCCGAAGAUGAAGAUGGCACUAAUAGAAGAUCUUGAUAGGUUUACAAGAAGGAAAGAGUUUUACAGGAGAGUAGGGAAGGCUUGGAAGCGUGGGUAUUUGUUAUAUGGACCACCUGGCUCGGGAAAGUCAAGCUUGGUUGCUACCAUGGCUAAUUAUCUCAAGUUUGAUGUUUAUGAUUUGGAUUUAAAGGAGGUUCAGUGCGAUUCCGAUUUGAGGAGAUUAUUGAUCGGUACAGGUAAUCGAUCAAUAAUAGUCAUUGAGGACAUCGAUAAUUCACUAAAUUCUGCUGAAGAUGACAAGGUUACUUUCUCUGGUCUGCUGAACUUCAUUGAUGGUUUGUGGUCAAGUUGUGGGGAUGAGCGGAUAAUAGUGUUGACAACCAAUCACAAGGACCAUCUUGAUCCAGUGCUGCUAAGACCAGGACGAAUGGAUAUGCAUCUCCAUAUGUCUUAUUGCACAUUUAGCGGUUUCAGGACACUUGCUUGUAAUUAUUUGCAAAUUCAAGAUCAUCCACUUUUUGAGGAAAUCAAGGGGUUGUUAGAGAAGGUUCAGGCAACACCAGCUGAAGUUGCAGGAGAGUUGAUGAAAAGUGAAGAUCCAGAUGUUGCUCUUCGAGGACUUAUCAAGUGCCUCCAUAACAGGGCAAACGCUGAGAUGCAGCAGGAAAGUUAGAACUUAG